GGGUUGGAGGUGUGGCGGAAGUGGUUGUGGAGUAAAGCAACUGGGAGGGGGCGGUUCCCGUUCCUCCGGGGAGCCGGAUGUUAGCUGAGCUUUGACAGGCGUGGCAGAGGGAGCAGUGCCGGACCUUGGUUUCUCUUCAGGUUGUGUGGGGUGAGGCUGUGGGGGACAAGUUUGAAAAAUGGACCCGCUCUCAGAACUGCAGGACGAUUUGACUCUGGAUGACACCAGCCAGGCCCUGAACCAGCUGAAGUUGGCCUCCAUCGAUGAGAAGAACUGGCCCUCAGACGAAAUGCCCGACUUUCCCAAGUCAGAUGACUCCAAAAGCAGCUCGCCAGAACCCAUCACGCACCUCAAGUGGGAUGACCCUUACUAUGACAUCGCCCGGCACCAGAUCGUGGAGGUGGCAGGAGAUGACAAGUAUGGACGGAAGAUCAUUGUGUUCAGUGCCUGCCGAAUGCCCCCGAGCCACCAGCUGGACCACAGCAAGCUCCUGGGGUACCUGAAGCACACCCUGGACCAGUAUGUGGAGAGCGACUACACGCUGCUCUACCUGCACCACGGCCUGACCAGCGACAACAAGCCCUCCCUCAGCUGGCUCCGAGAUGCCUACCGGGAGUUUGACCGCAAGUAUAAGAAGAAUAUCAAGGCCCUGUACAUUGUGCACCCCACUAUGUUCAUCAAGACCCUGCUCAUCCUCUUUAAGCCCAUCAUCAGCUUCAAGUUUGGGCAGAAGAUCUUUUACGUGAACUACCUGAGUGAGCUGAGUGAGCAUGUGAAGCUGGAGCAACUGGGGAUCCCUCGCCAAGUGCUCAAGCAUGACGACUUCCUGAAAUCCACACAGAAGAGCCCCGCCACAGCCCCCAAGCCCAUGCCACCACGCCCCCCACUUCCCAACCAGCAGUUUGGGGUCUCAUUGCAGCACCUCCAGGAGAAGAACCCAGAGCAGGAGCCCAUUCCACUCGUGCUCCGGGAGACCGUCGCCUUCCUGCAGGCCCACGCUCUCACCACUGAGGGGAUUUUCCGGAGGUCUGCCAACACCCAAGUUGUAAAAGAGGUGCAGCAGAAGUACAACAUGGGCAUGCCUGUGGACUUCGACCAGUACAACGAGUUGCACCUGCCUGCGGUCAUCCUCAAGACCUUCCUCCGGGAGCUUCCUGAACCCCUGCUCACCUUUGACCUCUACCCGCAUGUAGUGGGCUUCCUCAACAUCGAUGAGAGCCAGAGAGUGGAGGUGACGCUGCAGGUCCUCCGGACGCUGCCCGAGGAGAACUACCAGGUGCUUCGCUUCCUGACUGCCUUCCUGGUGCAGAUUUCUGCCCACUGUGACCAGAAUAAGAUGACCAACACCAACCUGGCUGUCGUCUUCGGCCCUAACCUGCUGUGGGCCAAGGAUGCCGCCAUCACCCUCAAGGCCAUUAAUCCCAUCAACACCUUUACCAAGUUCCUCCUGGAUCAUCAAGGGGAGUUGUUCCCUAGCCCUGACUCCCAGGGCCGCUGAGUGCAGCCUCUGCCCCUCAGCCCCCUUCUGAUAGCCCCAGUUUGGAUGCCCUCCUGGCUUCAGCCUAACAGGAGCCCGGGGCUCCUGCCAUGAAGGGGCCAUGAGGCCCCUGGGAGAUAAAAACAGGAGCCAGCCAACAGUGCAGCUCCGCCUCCCCUUCCUGUCAGCCCACCUCUGGCCCUGGAGGCCUCGCUGUUACAAGACAUUCCCUCGCCUUAGACUUCUCACUGCCUUCGUAGUUCCCUGCUCCUGCGGGCUCUCCAGAGCUGGCCUUGACUCGGCAGGAGGAGGACCAGCCCCAGCACCUGGUCUUCCGCUCUCUCCUGCCUCUCCCUGGCAACUGCAGAUGCCAAAAUCACUGCCGGCUGGGCUGGUAGCUGGGGCUGGGCCUCCCACUCCUGACUGCCGGGGAAGGAAAGGCUGAGCUGGCUUGGGCUGGCCCUGCUGAGGGUAUGUCUUGUCUGGGUGAACACCCAAUGCCAGCACCACUUCUGUCCUCCUCCACCGCUCAGCCUUGGGAUUUCCAUGUCUAAGGAGUGCCAAGGCUGGAGUCUGCUUCCUAUUUCUGACUCUUCCACUUGGCCUGGGUCAGCCUUUUACAAGUGGUCCUGGCCUCAGGUGUCCUAGCCUGCGGUUCUGCUAGGACUGGCAGCUUGGAUGAAGCAGUGAGUCUCAGCAACCCUCCCCACAGGUGUCUGCUCUGACCUGUGACAAGCAGUUUCAGUUCCCCUAGACCUCGCCUCCCUCCCGCUUGGACAGCUCCUGGGCUUCAGGCUCUUGUGGACAUGUCUGUGGUGGUCACACUGGUCCCAGCUCUGGCCUGAUUCAGUGCCUCUGGAUCUGUGGUGGCCCCUUUCUCCAGCUGGGGACUCCUGGAGGGGCUGGCAGAGACUUCGCUAAUGCCAUCGGCCCCUGCCAAGUAUGUUCCCACCACCUCCCCAGGGGCCAGGGAGCUCUAGGGCCUUGUCUUUCAGAAAACCCACCCCCAAGAAUGAAUGAUAUUCCUUCCUGGUGAAUCCUGGGGACCUCCACUUCCAGUGACCUUGUCCCCUGGCUGCAGAGAAGUAUCUGCACAGUGGCCCUGCCCCCACUGCCUUGCCAGAGCCUGCAGGGAGUGGGGGGAGCCCCUGCUGACCAGCCUGGGCUGAGUCCACCUCACUGGGCUCUCCCCCCAGGGCACUGGCUUGUCAGGACUCCUGGGCCCUGAAGGGGCUGCUGUCCUGUCAGUUCCUGUCUGUGGCCCUGGCCAGGCCUUUCUGCCCUCCUUUGUAUAUCAGGUGUUGCUCCCAGCCUCUUUACUGGGGAUUCUCAUGGGUCGUUGGUCUUCUGUCCCCCUGCCCCACGGGCCUGUGUACCUGGGGGAGGGUUGGUACUGUGAAUCAAGUGUUCACACUCAUUGACUUCCUUGGCACCAAUCAUGUACUUCACCUUUGCACUUUUUGUAUUUCAAUAAAAAUGGAGAUGGAGAAGUGGGCGCGGAGGUCCAGAACUGGGAGGGAAGGAUGCUGAGGUGGUUGAAGAGCACACGGGCUGGGGCCUGAGCGGGCAGAGGUUUUGGGUCAUCUUCCAUGCUUACAAGUGGGAGCAGUCACCAUCCAUUUUUGCACCCCAGCAUUCUAGCUGGCCACCAUGUGCUGAACCCCAAGACCAGGCCCUCCUCUGUUCCCAAGUGAGUGUGCUGUGGGCAACACUGUAUGCCCAGGGUUGGAAUCCUUCACCAGCUCAACCUGGUAGCAGUCACGUCACUGCCUAGACUGCUUAGCUUCUCUGAGGAUCAGAACUAGCGUGUGUGAGGCACUCAACAGUGGCCAAUAGUUGGGCAAAGUGAUGGUCCCGGCCUCACGGAGCAGAUCCUCCCCCUCCCCCCGAGAACCUGGGCUGUUUCCACCUGCCACCUUGUCACAGGAGGCUAUGAAAGACCCUCUCCCUUCCCUCUUUCAAGCAGCUUUGCCUUAAAGGUUGAGGUGAUAAAGUUUUUUUGUGUAUUUUACCAUAAUUUAAAGAAGAAAUGGGUUGUCACUGGGAGGGCAGGCCACUUGGCACAGAGAAGGUCGAGCUCCAGCUGCUGCUGCUGGCCCGUUGACUGCAGCCAGGAGGGUAUGGUGGCCUGAUGUGGGCCUGUUCUUUUUUUAUCCUCAUGAUUCUUUUUCUCCUCAAGCAGUAUUGUGAAGAUGUGGUUAUAAACAGUCUACAACAGUGGCCUUCAUCCGGGUAGCAUGAACAGAAGCCACCGGGAGCCUGGUUCUGCUCAGCACUAAGCUGGGCGAUUGUUUUGAAGCGCGCAGCAGUGACCCAGGAAAAGCAAGUAGGGAGCAAGGGGAGCCGGAGACUGGAAAAGCUGUUUACUUGGGCUGGGCUUCUGGCAGGGCUUCUGCUGAGUGACUCAAAAGUCAGUUUUCCCCGGCCUUAGCAACAGCAGUCUCUGGGG